AUGGCCGCCAAGGCGACGCUGCCAGCUGGCAAUGGCGCGUUGCGAGAGAUGCGCACGGCGGAAACUCCAGACAUGAGCAUGGCCACGGCACCCAAGAGGCGCAAGCCGAAGACCAAGGCGAAGAAGGUCGAGGAUGAGGGGCUCAUCGCCUCGUUGUGCACCCUCAUCUGCGAGCACCAGAUUGGCAUCUCCGUCAACCUGCUCACCCUCCUCACAUUAACCCACACCUUCUUCCCCCGCGCCCGAAGUCGGACCUCCAAAUUCUUCCACAUGUCGUACUAUAACCCCGAAACCAACAUGUACGGCUGUGGCACCGACGACCUGUCGUUUGUCCUACUAUGGACCGUCAUAUUCACGGGCCUACGGGUAGUAGUCAUGGAAUACCUGCUGGAUCCGUUGGCCAGGCUCGGUGGCAUCAGAUCGAAGAAGGGACUUGAUAGAUUCAAGGAGCAGGCAUGGCUCGUAGUCUACUACAUUGGCUCAUGGUCGCUAGGCAUGUAUAUCAUGUACCACUCGGAGUUUUGGCUCAGUCUCCACGGCAUUUGGGAAGGCUGGCCCUUUCGUGAGGCCGACGGUCUCUUCAAAUGGUACUACCUCAUUCUCGUCGUCAACAUCGAGGAGAAGCGCAAGGAUUACGUUCAAAUGUUCACCCACCAUGUCUUCACGAUUGCCCUGAUGUUUCUAUCCUAUGGAUACUACCACAUGCGUGUUGGCAUUGUCAUUCUCACCAUCAUGGACUUUGUCGACAUCAUUCUGCCCACGGCCAAACUCCUCAAGUAUACGGGAUAUUCGAAUGCUUGCGACUAUGCCUUUGGCGUCUUUGUCCUCUCAUGGAUAGGCACCCGCCACAUUCUAUACAUGAUGGUCUGCUGGUCCAUCUACGCCUAUGCACCCGUCGAUAUGGCUCCCGGCUGCUAUCUCGCCGACUCGACCUCGAAACUAUCCGGCUUCGUUCCCGCAUCCAACACCUCACAAUUUGAAGCAUACGGCGGAAACAAUCACUGGGGCAAUCUUCUCAAGGCGUACGAUGACCGCAACGGGCCCAUCUGCUGGAACCCGCAAAUUCGAUACUAUUUCCUCGCUCUCCUACUUGUGCUGCAGGUCUUUUGCUGCAUAUGGUUCGGUACCAUUGCCAAGGUUGUGUAUAAAGUACUCAACGGAACUGGUGCCGACGACUUGCGCUCAGAUGACGAGUGCGAUGAGGAAGAGGUCCAACACGACAAGACCAGGACCAUCUUGAACAUGGCAACCACGUGCACCGAAAGCGGCAUGAGUUCAAUGACGCCAAAGGAAGAGGAGGUCGGUGUCGAUGCACUCACCUUUGCUCGCAUAAACGGCGCCAGCCAGCGACGGCAAGCGAGGAGAGAAAGCUCUCGAGCGAGUGGGAUUAGUAUUCCCGGACAUGGCGAUCGCAAGGAGUUAUUAGGCCGCAUUGGGUGCGACAAGCCUUCAUAG